AUGUCUGAGUCUUUCAAUGAAAUUUUCAGAGUGUUUGACUGUGUGAUAAGGUGUGGCAAAGGUCAGUCAAAUAGGUUCAGAUCCGCGAACGGAUCUCUCUCUGACGACAGUACGAGGGUAUCUCGUCGAAAGUGGGAAAGCCUCGUCUUUCGAUUGCUACGUCACGCGAUAGCCAGCCCUGCAAAGUCGGACUACGGAGGUGAAUCCCAGACACAAGCGUUUGGGUCAAGCUUCGAGACAUGUGAAGCAUGGGACGAGACCUCAGUGGAUGAGUUCCUCUCAUGUUUUCCCCGAGAUCUCAUGGCUGAUGUGCGCGUAACGUGCAAUGUGGUGAGUCCUCGACGUUCCAAGAGCUACAUACGCGAUCUGAUUAUGUCACUCGAGUUUGAGAUUCGAGCUACCAAGUGGGCUGCUUAUUUCCUUCAGAUUGUGCACAAGGCACGUUUGGAGAAGCGGAUCUCACUGCGGUCGGCUGUCUCAAUCAAGUGGACCAUCUGUGCUUAUGUACAGAGUCAAUCACAAGCUCGACAAGAACAGAAAAAGAUAUUGGACGUGACGCUGCAACGAAAGAUGACGGAAUAUCGCGUUGCAUUACAGUGUGUCUCUGGCACACAUGUCGUCAAAUUUGGCCGGAAGGGAAAACCUCAUGCAACGACGCUAUGCGUGGAGAACGGUGACACGCUGCGUUGGACAUCCAAGCUACUGGCUCAUGCCACGCAUAUUGCUGCAGAUAGUGUGGCAGCUACGACGACGAUGGGUAAGAAGCGAGUCAAGGCGAAAAACGCCAUUCCGCUAGCUAGUAUCAUCCGAGUUUCGUCCGGUCUUUCCACAAGUGUACUUGCUCGGGCACUGCACAAAGGCACACUUGAUUCAGCCGACGCAGGGUGUACGUUAUCUGUGGUGACGCAUACACGUACGCUCGAUCUCAAGGCAAAGUCUGCCGAAGAACGCGAGUGGCUGCAGCGUAGCCUGGAGUUUCUUGUGGACCUCGCACACGAUCACGAGCGACGUGUGUCGCAGCAAGUAGAGCUUACGAUAAUGAAGCGGAUGGAAACCUUCUCGGUCUGGAAGUUUGGCCGCAAAGGACGACCGCACAAGACGCGUGUGUUUGUGGAUCGCUUUGGCGAGGUGUCAUGGCUUGGUCGUAGCGGAGACUCGCUUCAACUUGACGAAAUCGUCACAGUGCACGAAGGUCACCGGACACCUGUGUUUGCUAGAGCUCGAGCGGCUGGGUUGGUGUCUUCGUCCAAGGCAUCACACUGUUUCUCUCUAGUGACAGCGCUACGAUCGCUGGAUAUUGAGGCGAUGAAUGAACACCAACGGGAUUGGUUUGUGGUAGCUUUCCGCUAUCUCCUGGACAAGGUUCACGAGAAAACUGCCGCCAUGCAACGCGAGCGAGCUGAAAGGCAGCUUCGUAUGCUACAGAAUCUUUGUGGCGGAGAUGAGAAUGACAACUUUCUUCGUAGCGAUGGCGACAAUAUAUACUACGACGAAUGUCCGCCAACACGGCACUAA